UCUAAUCGGAUCGAGACCGUUCCGUUAAAGCUACCAUGUAAUGUUUACUUCUUUGGAACAACGGCGUGUCCUCCUUCGUUAACAGUGUUGGAGAUCGCAGAUGCAGUAUCUAAUGUUGUGUAAAUCACACUUUCCCUGCGAGACAUUCGUUAAAACCACGGAAUCCUAUUUGCAUCGGCAGUAUUAGUGGUUCAUCCUGCGGUCUGUGUUCAUGAUGGCGAUGUUCCGCAGUUUUGUGUCUGCUGCUCAGCUCAGGCAGCAUCAGCAGCAAAAUGGAGCCGCAGCAGCCGCACCUGGGGAAAGCCUGGAGAGCCAGUUCUCCUGUCCCAUCUGUCUGGAGGUGUACCACAAACCUGUCAGCAUCGCAAGCUGCGCCCAUACUUUCUGUGGGGACUGUCUACAGCCGUGUCUGCAGGUGACAUCGCCUCUCUGUCCACUCUGCCGUAUGCCUUUCGAUCCAAAGAAAGUGGACAAAUCCUCCAGCGUGGAGAAGCAGCUCUCUUCAUAUAAGGCACCAUGUAGAGGGUGCAGCAAAAAGGUCACCCUGGUCAAAAUGCGAUCGCAUAUUUCAUCUUGCACAAAGGUUCAGGAACAGAUGGCCAACUGCCCAAAGUUCAUGCCUGUCGUUCCCACCUCACAACCCAUUCCCAGCAAUAUUCCAAACCGUUCUACAUUUGUGUGCCCGUACUGUGGUGCUCGCAACUUGGACCAACAGGAACUAGUGAAGCACUGCAUGGAGAACCAUCGCAAUGACCCCAACAAAGUGGUAUGUCCAGUAUGUUCAGCAAUGCCUUGGGGUGACCCCAGCUAUAAGAGCUCCAACUUCCUGCAGCAUCUUCUCCACCGGCACAAAUUCUCCUAUGACACAUUUGUGGACUACAGUAUUGAUGAGGAGGCAGCACUGCAGGCAGCACUGACCCUCUCACUGUCUGAGAACUGAGUCUGACAUUAUAUCCUGUUCCACAAACACAGCCAUGUGAAGGAUCUUCUCACCUGUCUUGUUUUAGGCUAAAUAUUUUCAUUGUUCCUCUGUUUUUCCUCUCACUCUACCUCUCUUCUGGUCUAUAUUUCUGAGCUACACUCCAGCUAGAUACUGAAGUAGCUCUAUAGCUUGUUUGCCAGUUGCAUAACAUUUGAACAAGCUUGUUACUUCCUGAAUUUUAAGGGGAGGAGCUUCUGGUUGCUUAUCAUCACCGUCAUCAUCAUUGUUAUCGUAACCAUCAAAACAUUGAUGUAUGCAAAAAGUCAGACAAAGGAAUAGAUAAAUAUCACCAUG